AUGCCGUGCGACUCGGGCCCCGGCGCGGCGGACCUCUGGGCGAUGGCCGCAGAGCUGGAGCGGCAGUUCGCGGGGUACAAGCAGCGCCUGGCCGAGCGGACGGCGACCGGGGCUGCCACCACCGCGCGCGAGCACGACGACGAAGGUGGCGGGGACGGCGCGGAGGAGGAUGAUGAUGAUGAUGAGGCGGGAGGUGAUGGCCGCUGCGACGGCGGCGACGUGAGGGGCAGGAUGUACGAGGCGUACGUGCGGCGGAGGGACGAGCGGCUGCGCGACGGGUGGCGCGCGCGCAUGGAGCGCAAGGAGGCCGAGGUCAAGGCGCUCUGGGCGCAGCUCGAGCUCGCCGCCGGCCGCGCCACACCGGAGAGGGCGCCCGCCGGCGGUGACCCGACGACGACUACGGCGACCGCGACGGACGGAGAUGAUGAGAGGAAAACUGAGCGGAACGACGACGACAGAAGGAGAAGCUCAUCGGACGCGGUUCUUGCUCCGAGGAGGAUCACCGGAAAGAAGCACGCGCGGACCAGGAGCUUCUCGUCGUCCAUCAGCACGAGCAGGAACCGCACCGACGUCGGGAGGCGGCGGUCGCUGUCGCAGCCGCCGUCAGAGCCGGACGCCUCCAGCGGGGAAGCCAACAAGGAAAGCCCCGGCGGUGUGGCGGCAACGACCGCAGCCACGACGAGACCGAGGACGUCUUUGCGGCGCAGGAACUCCUCCGUGAAAGGGCACGGGUCCGCGAAGCAGGCGGCGGCGGGGCCGAAGCUCCCGCGGUCUCUGCCCCGACGGGAUAGCUCCGGCGGACCCGAGGAUCUCGGUAGGGGUGUGGUGGCGCCGGCGGUGGUUCAGGCGAGCGCCGAUGCGGCUGUGCCGUCCGUGCCGAGCCAUUCGACCGAGUAUGCUGCCCCUGGCGGAACCCCCAGGACUUCUCCGACGAGGAUGUCGUUUGCCGGCAGGGACGACGACAGUGGCGUCGGCACUGGUGCGGAGAACGCGCGAGCCACCUCGCCGGAGCCAGAUCGCGGUGCGGUGGACGAAGCUGUGCUACGCGGCGAACCUGAGGCGAAGAACGCUGGUGUCGAGGAACACGGCGAAGAGAAGCUCGACGCCGACGGGGAGGUCACUAGUGACUCGGAACCCGAACCGAGCUACGUCUACAUCAACAAGGACACCGCCGAGGAGCAAGCCAUGGCGGCGCUCUCUGAACCUUCGAAACUGUCCGGUGUGGAUGCCGCGCUAGAUUCCGACGUGAAGGCAAGCGAAGAGAUGCCGGCGGCGCCAGCACCAGCCGAAGCCACCGCGGCUGCAGCAGAGAUCGCGACGACGAACGCCGAAGAAGCGCCGGCAAGGGAGAGCUCCGACGAGUCGUCUCUGUCUGUCAGGUCGUCAGGGCCGAGCGCGCGGCCGUCGUGCAGCUCGCGGGACCAGUCCAUCGAGAGGCUGCUAGAGGCGGACGCCGUCCUCGUGAGGAAGAAGCGCGAGGAGCGCGACGAGAAGAAGAGCGCAGCACCGGCGCCGAGGACGCCGCCGGGCAGCUCGGGCAGCAGGUUCUCCGGCGCGGCGCGGUCCCCGAGAGAGACGACGGUGAAGGGAUUCAAGAGGUUCCUGAGCUUCGGGAAGAAGCACAGAGGGAGGGAGGCCACUGUCAUCGACUGCACGUCGCCGUCCGUGCCCUCGCCGGCCGACGACGACAGCGGCAGCGCCAGCGGCAGGUGGCAGGCCGCUGGUGGGUCCAUCAAGCCCAGGAUGGGCUCCUCAGAUGCUGCGGACCAUGCCUAUCCGGUAUCUCCACAAGCAGCUUGCUCUCUGCAAAGCCUCGUAGCUGCCUCUCCUGCAAAGUCUGAACUAGCUGAGAUAGUUCCACAAGAAAAAUCGCCAAAAGUUCAUCGUCGAUCGUUCUUCUCGUUCCGAUCACUCAACUGCGGUAGGGGCUGA